AUGUUUGAUAAGAUUGCAUUAAGUGUGUUUGCAAAACUAAUCAAUUAAUAUGACUACUUACUACUUGCUAGAAACAACAUUAACAACAAGGAUAUUAUCAAGUUAUAUGAACUGUUGCAUAUUUGUCAAGUGAAACUUGCUAGUCAACAUAUGCUUCUUGCAUUGGGAAAUUCGUAACAAACAAGGUAAACAAGUGAUAGUUUAUUAAGUGAUUCAUUUCAACAAAUUAAUGAGUUCAUACAAUAAAGUCAAGAUAAAAAAUCACAAAAGAGAAGAAGUUUGAUGAUAUAUAUCUUUGUUGUAGAGAUGCAGUUGAUCUUAUUGCUAAAGCUAUUAGAAUAUUACCCAAUAUACUGCUGUUGAUGAUCUAAGAAAUAUA